AAGAUGCUUGGUUUAGUUUUCUUAAAACAACUUCGUAUUUUCAUAAAAGUAAAAAUAGAAAAGAAAUGAUUUUAUGAGUUGGUGAGAACUACUUUAUGAAACUAAACCAAACGCCUGUGGGUGUUUAUUUUCGUAGUUCAGUUAUCCUUUGUGUGCGUGAGUUUUUGAGAACGUUGGCCCAAGAACGCCCAAAGGUUUAGGGUUGAAAUUUUGCUCAGGUAAAACUAGAGAACUCUGGAUUGGGGAUUUAUCUUGUGUUGUUGAUGUUCUGUGCGAUCGUCUCAGUUUUGGCGAGAUCUGAACACAGACCUAAGGCGCAUGGUAGAAGAGUCUCACUGGAGCAUUGCAAAACCCUUUUUUCUAAUCGAUUCGCAGAAAGCUGUACGAGGAGUACUUCCGAUCUAUAAUGGUACUGGAAAUAAGAGUCUCAUUGGAGAAUUGCAACACACUUUUUCUAUUCUCUCGGACUUGGAACUCAGAACAGAAGACCUGUGCUCGCAGAAAAAGUCAUAUGAGCACGAUGUCACGGCGUGAGGAACCUAGAGAAGUUGGCCCUAGACCAACAAGGGGUGAUGUUGGUGAGAGCUCUAGCUCCAAUUCGGCGGAGCCAGUUGAUGAGAACAUGCUUCUUAGGGACUUGAUUCCCCCAAGAGCUGUUCCCUCAAAAAGAGAGAAUGUUGAAACACCCGUACCUGUAGAAGUGGGUGAAGGUUCUGUGGCACUGGAGUUUAAUCGUUUGUUGCAAAAUGUCGUGAGGGCAACGAUUGUUGCUCAGCCGCAGUUGGUACCACAACCUACAGUUCGAGUUGAGGAGACUCCAGCUCAGAAGCGUCUCAAGAUCAUUAAGGGGUUUUCUCAGCUGAUCCCGGUUAUGUUUGAGGGCGGUGCGGAUCCAAUGGUAGCCGACAACUACAUGGAUCAAGUCGAAACUCAGUUGACCUCAAUGGAUGUGACAGAGGAUCACUUGAAGAUCAUCCUAGCAACUUACAAGUUUGCUAUGGAUGCCAAGGUUUGGUGGAAGUCGAUCACUAACCAGUACAAGAUUGAAGAGAUGAGUUGGGACAAGUUCAAGGAACUGUUCUAUGAAAAGUACUUUCCGCUUUCCAAAAGAUGGGAGUUACAAGACCAGUUUCAUAAUCUUAUUCAAGGGAACAUGUCAGUGGCGGAGUAUGAAAACAAGUUCACCUCACUCUCCCGUUUUGCUCCAGAAGUGGUGAGAGAUGAAGCUAACAAGACUCGAAAGUUUGUAUCGGGUCUUAAUCAUCGAAUAAGGCCGUUGAUCACGACACAGUUUAUUAAGGUUUACUCUGAAGCAGUGGAAAGGGCUUUGAUGCUAGAGGCUGACAAUAGAGAGAAUGAUGCAAGAAGAGAGCAAUUGAAGCAAAAGAGGGGUGCAGGGCCAUCCUCAGAGGGAUCUUCUUGGAAAAGGAACAGGGGCAGUCCAUCUCAGUUUCAGGGGCAACAGUUUACAAGAUCUGCUCCUACCACUCCUAUGCCAGCUAGAUUUGACAGGAGUGCAGUUGUUUGUUAUCAGUGUCAGCAGCCCGGACAUUACAAGUCCAGUUGUCCGAUGAGAUCGUCUUCAGUUUCGUCAGCUCCGAAGGCUUGUUAUGGGUGUGGCCAGCAGGGUCACUUGAUUCGUGAUUGUCUGAGUCAGAGAGCAGGCACCAUUAGUGGCAGAGGGUCACAGCAGAGGCCGUCACAAUCGGCUACAGUUCAGUCAUGUUUCAGACCACCACCACCACAGCCUACUAUGUCUUCACAGGGUUCACGAUCAGUUAGGAGGGAUACUCUUACUAUGUCAGUGCAACAGUCAGGUGUUCAGGUUGGCAGUCCUCAGGCACAGGUACCACAGGGACGUGUGUAAUACCCCUAAUUUUAAAAGGAUAGUCUCGGUAUUUAUUUAUUUAUUUUUAUUAUAUUUUUUUUAAUUGUUUAAUUGAUUAUUUGACUAAUUGUUUAUGUGUUUAAUUGAAUUAAGUGUUACUUGAUUAAUUGGUUACUUAUCUAUGUGUUAUUUGUAUUUUGUCUAGGUGUUAUUUGUAUUAUUUGUUUAAUUAGAUUGUGUGCUUAAAUGAUGUAUUUGAUUAAUGUUAAUUAAUUAUAAAUUAAAUGUUUUCAUUUCUUUUAUUAUUUUAUUUUAUUUUUCUUUUAUGGUUAUGGUUAGUGGUAAUUGGCCAACCAAUUGGAUCCCAUGGACUGCUUGGAUAGGAGGUUGGAUGGGUAUGAAUAAUUAUCCAUGGAUAGUUGUAUAUGUAUAUAUAUAGAUAUAUAUGUAUAUAC